UCGUACUGUGAGCAGCACCUCCAGCCUCACUAUGAAUCUGCUGCCUUUAAAAAACACAAGCUGGUCGACCCCUCCAAGAAGCUUCAGGAGAGCGUCUGCACUCGUCACAAUGAGGUGAUAAAGAUUUUCUGCCGCACUGAUCAGCAGUGUAUCUGUAUUCUCUGCUCCAUGGAUGAGCAUAAAGGCCACGACACAGUUUCAGCUGCAGCAGAACGGAGUGAGAAGCAGAAAGAGCUCGGGGCGAGUCGACAAAAGAUCCAGCAGAGAAUCCAGAGCAGAGAGAAAGAUGUGAAGGUGCUUCAGCAGGAGGUGGAGGCGAUCAAUCGCUCUGCUGAUAAAGCUGUGGAGGACAGUGAGAAGACCUUCACAGAUGUGAAGCAGAAGAUCAGAUCUCGUCAGAAAACUGAAGUAUUUCACGCCUACGAGCUUCAGGAGGAGCUGCAGGAGGAGAUCAAUGAGCUGAAGAGGAAGGACGCAGAGCUGGAGAAACUCUCACACACAGAGGACCACACACAGUUUCUGAACAGUUACAUUUUGCUGUCACGAUUCGGUGAGAAUAAAGACUCGUCCAGAGUCAGUGUCCGUCCUCUGAGGUACACUGAGGACAUGAUGGCGGCGGUGUCAGGGGUCAGAGAUAAACUGCAGGACGUUCUCAGUGAGGAAUGGACCAAAAUCUCACUGACAGGGUCUGAAGAUGUUUUAGUGCCACAGGCAGAGCCAAAGACCAGAGAUGAAUUUCUCAAAUAUUUGUGCAAAAUCACACCGAAUGUAUACACAGCAUCCAGAUGCAUGAGUGUUUCGCAAACCCUAACUGCAAGAUACAUUCAAGAUUCGGGCAAGUUUAUUUUUCCUGGUCACCCAGACAAAUUCACUGACUUUUGUCAGGUUUUGUGUAGAGAAAGUCUGACUGGACAAUGUUACUGGGAGGUGGAGUGGAAAGGAGAAGACAUUUUUAUAGCAGCCACAUACAAGAGUAUUAGCAGAACAGGAAGAGAUAGUGCAUUUGGAAACAAUGACAAAUCCUGGGCUUUACAGUGUUUCAGCGAUGGUUAUGAAUUCAGACAUAACAACUUUACUCUUCCAAUCUCAGGCCCUCGGUCCUCCAGAGUGGGAGUGUACCUGGAUCACAGUGCAGGUAUUCUGUGCUUCUACAGCGUCUCUGAGACCAUGACGCUCCUCCACAGAGUCCAGACCACAUUCACUCAGCCGCUCUGUCCAGGAUUUGGUAUUUAUGUUAGUGGAUCCUCUGUUAAAAUCUGUAAGCCUUAAGACUGAAACCCACAAAAGACUGAAAUCCACAGAGCCCAGACACCACACCACACAUGACAAACUUUUUUAGAAAUGUAUGUGGUGAGUUUCAUCCCGUGAGUUUUCAUUUUCUUUCAUCUUUAAUUUUUUAAUUAUUAUUCAAAAUAUGAUAUUUGAAUACUAAGUGAACCAUUGCAAAAACAGAAAACUUAAAUAACAAAAGGAACAACUGUUAAAAGGGUAUAUUAAAAUCAUAAUAUAAAUAUAGAUGAAUGAAUAAAUUUAAUGAUAAUGUGUGAGGGAUACUGGCAAAUAAAUGUAAAAAAUAUUAUUCGGGAGAUCCCCUUUGGUACUGGUUUCUUGGACUUCAUAUCUGACUCCCAGUUUAUGAUUUUUCUUUGGUUUGACUGAGUGCUGUAGUCUGUCCUUUUUUAAAAAAUAAAAUGUGUUUGUUUAUUGCUCUU